ACAUGUGCCCUAGUGCAAGAACCGAUUUUUGUGUUCGCACUUUCUCCCUCGAUACCAAUCCGCAGACAGCGCUACCGCGUAAAUUAAAAAUGGGAAGCAGCGCCGCCGCGAACGGCGUCGUAGACAAGGGCGUGGAUUUUGCCAACUAUUUCUGCACAUAUGGCUUCCUCUACCACCAGAAAGAGAUGCUCUGCGACCGCGUUCGGAUGGACGCCUACUACAACGCCGUUUUCGAGAACAAGCACCAUUUUAAGGGGAAGGUUGUGUUGGAUGUAGGAACGGGGAGCGGAAUUCUGGCUAUUUGGUCUGCACAAGCUGGUGCAAGGAAAGUCUACGCAGUAGAAGCCACAAAGAUGUCGGAACAUGCGCGUGAACUUAUCAAAGCUAACAAGCUCCAGGAUGUAGUUGAAGUGAUUGAGGGAUCGAUGGAGGACAUUGUCCUACCGGAAAAAGUUGAUGUAAUAAUUUCAGAAUGGAUGGGAUACUUUCUUUUACGUGAAUCAAUGUUGGACUCAGUACUCUGUGCGCGGGAUCGCUGGUUGAAGCCCGAUGGUGUCAUGUAUCCCAGCCAUGCCCGAAUCUGGAUGUCACCUAUCAGGUCAGGGUUGGUUGAUCAGAAAAUGAGAGAUUAUGAUGGAUCAAUGGCGGAUUGGUCUGGUUUUAUUAAGGAGACGGAAGCUUUUUAUGGCGUAGACAUGAGUGCACUAACAAAACCAUUUGAUGAAGAACAAAAGAAAUAUUAUUUGCAGACAUCACUCUGGAACAACCUUCAUCCAAACCAAAUUAUUGGUACACCUGUGAUUAUCAAGGAGAUUGACUGCUUGACAGUUACUGUUGAUGAUAUACGUGACGUUCGUGCAAGUAUUUCUUCAUCCAUCACAGAAGAAAAUGCAAGAUUAUGCGGCUUUGGUGGAUGGUUUGAUGUCCAUUUUCGAGGUAGCGAUAAGAGUCCUGCUCAAAAGGAGAUUGAGUUGACAACUGCCCCAGAUGAAGAUCUUGGCACGCAUUGGGGCCAGCAGGUGUUCCUACUGCAUCCUCCUCGUAAUGUUCAAUCUGGUGACGAGUUGAAAAUUCAUUUCUCAAUGACUCGCUCCAAGGUAAAUCACCGGUUGAUGGAAGUUGACCUGAGCUGUGAGAUUAAACAGUCAUCUGGAAAACCGGUUCCUACAAUACAAAAGAAGUUUUACAUCGAGUGAGCUGUAAGAUUAAACAGUCAGCUCCUCGUACAUCGAUAUGAUCUCACUCAGAUGUUCGUGGCUUAAAAUUUUGACGAGGUCCCUUUUCACCUUCCAUCUUCGGCUCUGUGAUAUGUUGCUGUUCCUGUAAGACUUUACUAAGGAGAUGCAGGAAGGGUAAGUGGUAUUGGACUCGAAAGGCUCAACGUACUGCACGUUCUACGGUGCGAGUUUGGCUGAUACUGGAACCACUUCGAGAGUAAAACGGUAUGAGUCUGAUUUCACGAAAUAGUCGUAUGUAGCAUCUCCCAAGUAAAAGGGGCGCUUUUUGCCUCUCUAUUUAAACAAUUGUUAUCUGUCCAAAUGAGCCAUUUUCUGUUGUUACUCGGACUUUUUGGUUAGUGUUAUUACUACAUGAAGACAUUUCACCUCAA